AAUUUAACUGAAUUUCCAAAGAUCAGUUCUCUGCAAUGUUACUAGACGGUAAGGUAGCCUUAGUAACAGGGGGAGUCCAGGGCCUUGGUAAGGCAUUCGCCGAGGAGUUACUUAAAAGUCGAGUUAAGAACCUCAACGGUACUGGCAGAAAAAAACACCUGUUUGCCAAGAAACGAAUGGUUGAUGUUUUCAAGUACCCCCCGAUGACAUCCUUCAGACGCAACGGAAACCUGAAGUACAUGGUUUGUAUUUGUGACUUGAACGUUGACGCUGGUGAAAAAACUGUCAGAGAAUGGAAAUUAAAGUAUGGAAACAAUGCCAUGUUUCUACAAUGUGACGUCACUGACCAUUCUCAAUUUGAAGAUGUAUUCAAACUGACAAUUGCGAGGUUUGGAGGACUGGAUAUUGUGGUUAAUAAUGCUGGGGUGCUUGUUGAAAGUCAGUCUUGGAGAACUACAAUUAUGGUCAACGUGAUCGGAGUUAUAGAAGGAACAAAACUAGCUGACCAGUAUAUGAACAAACAAAAUGGGGGACGGGGCGGUGUCGUCAUCAAUAUCGCGUCCACAGCAGGUUUAACCCCGGUGUUUUUCAUGCCUGUGUAUGUGGCUUCCAAAUACAGCGUUGUUGGAUAUACAAAAAGUGUAGCGAUGAAUCCAGCCAUCGACAGUACCGGGAUGAGGUUUGUGUGUCUGUGUCCUGGAUUCACGGAUACGUCCAUGUUAACUGAGGGAGGGAAGGAGGACGUUUCCGGAAAAGACGAAGCGGAACAGAUUGUUCAGAGUGCAGGCGUGAACACAGUAGAGUCGGUUGUUGAAGCGUUCAUGCAGUUACUUCUGACCGACGAUAACAAUGGGGGAGUGAUGGCGGUAACCAAGCAGCGCGGUAUCCAGUACCACGGCAGGCGGCGCAAGGUCAACAAACUCUAGAGGUCACAGGAACGGUAGCAGCAGGCGGCGUAAGAUCAACAGACUUUAGAGACCACGGGAAUGGCCGCGGCAGUUGCACCUCCAUGAUUACACAUUUCUUGAAUUAAUUUUAAGGUAUCACACCGGUAACUAUUUUCACUAUAUAUUACUAUAGAGGGAAAAAAAUCAUUAAAAAUCAGUUUACAGAAUUGAUGCCGAAUAACGCAGUUGGAAACGUUCUAUGUUACCUAUCUCGUCUGCUGACAUCAGAAAAACAACACCCUACGCGGCAUUUUAGAAAAACAAUUUGCCCGCAAACAAGACUACCCUCAAAUCCACAUGUUUUUCACAAGAACCGGAGUGCACUUCAGGAAGUAACCUCAGCUACCAACAGCAAAUAGUUCCUUUGUAUACACUUGGUUAUUUCUACAAAUUUCACAAAAUUUCCUAAUCAGGGGUACAAAAAUUCAGAGAAAAGAAGAAGAGGAAAUGAGAAAAAUUGCGCAAGGAAAUUUUUUUCUUUAAAUAUAUGGAACUACAAUUGACUAAGUUCCUUUUGAGUGGACAAUUACCGGUGUGAUACCUUAAGCAUGAUGGCCAAUCAAGACACUGAGCGAAUGCUAUGAUAAUUAUGUAGUUUGCAGUAUGAUGCAACGAACACAGAAUAAUCACUGACUGAAUCAUUAUAACAGCUGAUUCUUUUCUUUAAUAUUGAAUAAACAAUUAAUUGAU